CUGUGUUUGUGGGCGUGGUCUGUGCGGCCCCACGCCCGGCGGCGCGGUGGGGAUCGGCUCGGCACGGGGCGGCGGUGCCGGGAUGGCGGAGGGGACGGUGUCGUGCCGGCUGCAGUACCUGGAGGAUGCGGACCCCUUCGGCUGCGGCAGCUUCCCGGAGCCGCGGCGAGCGCCCGUGUACGCCGUGGAGGAGGCGCUGGCCCUGGGCGCGCAGCUGCCCGCCUUGCACCGCAUGCUCGGGGCUCCGCUGCCGCUGGAGGACUGCACGCUCCAGGUCUCCCCCUCCGGACACUACCUGGACCUCGACUUGUCUCUGCUGGAGCAGAAGGAUGAUCUGGAGGCUUUCUACGAGGAGGUCAGGAAGGGGAGACGGCCAACCCUGAUUCUGCGCACACAGCUCUCCGUGCGAGUCCAUGCCAUCAUCGAGAAGCUGUACAAUUCACAGGGACCAGAGCUGCGGCGAUCCCUCUUCUCUCUCAAGCAGCUCUUUCAGGAGGACAAGGACCUGGUGCCGGAGUUUGUGAACUUGGAUGGGUUGACAUGCCUGAUCAAAGUCGGGGCAGAGGCUGACCAGAACUACCAGAAUUACAUCCUCCGGGCCUUGAGCCAGAUCAUGCUCUUCGUGGAUGGGAUGCAGGGUGUCAUCAACCACAACGAGACCGUCCAGUGGCUGUACACGCUGUCAGGAAGCACGUUUCGCCUGGUGGUGAAGAUGGCACUGAAGCUGCUGCUGGUGUUUGUGGAGUACACAGAGCCCAAUGCCCUGCUCCUCAUCCAUGCUGUCAAUGCUGUGGACCAGGCGAGAGGUGCCUGCCCAUGGUCCAACCUGAUGGCCAUCCUGGAGCAGCGCAAUGGGGCUGACACGGAGCUCCUGGUGUUUGCCAUGACACUGAUCAACAAGACAUUAGCAGCCCUCCCGGACCAGGACACCUUCUACGACGUGACAGACUGCCUGGAGCAGCAGGGCAUGGAGCAAGUGGUGCAGCAGUACCUGGGCAGCAAGGGCACUGACCUUGACUUGAAGCAGCAGUUCACACUCUAUGAAAGUGCUCUCAAGCUGGAGGAUGGCGUGGAAGAGCCACCCCCAGGUGGACGCAAGGAGCGGAGGAGGACGGAUGAGGGCCGACGCGGAUGGCGGUCCCAGGGGAGCUGCCCAGAGCCCAGCCCCGAUGCCCAGCCACUGCCGGGGUCCCCUGGCACCCCGAAGGAGCCCCCCACCGAGGUCAGCCCAUCUGUCCCAACGCCGAGCAGUCCAGCAGAACCCUGUCCUGGCAGUGUCUACAACAGUGCAUCCAGCGUGCGGCUGGCGCUGGCCUCCCCCCUGGCUGAGAAGGAGCAGCCCCCAUGCCCAGGCGAGCGCAGUGUCUACAAGCUGCGCCAAACUGCCCCUGUCUGGCGGGAGGAUGCCCCCUCCUUGCGUGGGGACAAGCCUAUUUUGAGGAAGUUUGAAGCUCGCUUCUUGGAGAACUUGGCUGCAGCUCAGAAGGAGAAGAUCUCUUCCAUGGCAAAGGGACGGCUCGAUGUUCUCGGCAGUGCUGCGCUGGAGCAUCCGUACACUCUUGCUUGGGACAGGGACAGCAGCACCUCAGAGCCUGGGAUGGAGCCACCUAGCAUAAGGUCCUGCCUGGCUCUGACAGACACCACCGACUCCUGCAGCACCAUCUCCUCCGACACCAAGUUUAUGCUGGACAUGCUUUAUGCCAAGGGUUCCUCGGAGCCAGGGAGGGAGAAGGUCUUCCCUGAGGGAUCAUUAUACCCCCAAGCCCAGGGUGAUGUGGAGAUGGAUCUCGAGGGAGGUGGCAGACGAGAGCAGGAGGGUGCCCGGCUCCAUGGCAGGGCUCCGGAUGGGCCAGUGGCCAGCGCCCACGCCAAGCUGGCGCGUGCCUUCUCCAGUGUAGAUGCUGAGACCCAUACACAGAAGCUGGAGAACACCGGGAUGAUGCCCAUCAAGAAGGAUGCAGAGCUGACGUGGGAGCGCCUGGAGGCUAGCCCUGUGCAGCUGAAAAUCAAGGACCUGGACUUCACUGAUCUGGGGGAAGAAGAAGACUUUGACAUCCUGGACGUGGGGCCCAUUGCUAAUGGUUCCUUCCUCUCUCCUGGCAUCAAAGCAACGAGCACUGGAGCCCUCAUGGCUCCCCCUCCACCUCCUGCCAUCCCUGGUUGCCCACCACCUCCUCCUCCAUUACCUGUGGUCCCUGGCUGCCCACCACCUGCCCCUCCACCUCCUGCCAUCCCUGGUUGCCCACCACCUCCACCUCCACCAGUCCCUGGCUGUCCACCCCCUCCAGGGCUACCAGGUCCCUCAGCAACAGAUGGCCCUUCCCAGGCUAAGAAGAAAAGGACAGUGAAGCUCUUCUGGAAAGAGCUGAAGCAGCUGGAUGGCGCUGUGGCGCCAGGCAGGUUUGGCCAGGCAACGCUGUGGGCUUCCCUGCAGAAUGUUGAGGUCGAUGCUGCCAAACUGGAGCAUCUCUUCGAGUCACGGUCAAAGGAAGUGCCAACUUCAAAGAAGGCCAUUGAUGGGAAGAAGGUGGUGGUGGUGUUGGACCCCAAGAGGAGCAAUGCCAUCAACAUUGGCCUCACGGUGCUGCCGCCUGUGCACAUCAUCAAGACAGCUGUGCUCAACUUUGACGAGUUUGCAGUCAAUAAGGAAGGAAUUGAGAAAAUCCUCACCAUGGUCCCCACUGAGGAGGAGAAGCAGAAGAUCCAGGAGGCCCAGCUGGCCAACCCCGAUGUGCCAUUGGGCUCUGCAGAGCAGUUCCUGCUUGCCCUGUCUUCCAUCAGCGACCUCACAGCCAGGCUCCAGCUCUGGGCCUUCAAGCUGGACUAUGAGAGCCUGGAGCAGGAGAUUGCAGAGCCACUCUUUGAUCUGAAGGUGGGCAUGGAGCAGCUGGCCAGAAAUCACACCUUCAAGUGCAUCCUAGCCACACUUCUGGCCAUGGGCAACUUCUUGAAUGGCUCCCAGAGCAGAGGCUUUGAGCUGGGCUACCUGGAGAAGGUCUCAGAAGUGAAGGACACAGUGCACCGGCAGUCCCUGCUCCACCAUCUCUGCCAGAUGGUGACAGAGAAGUUCCCAGAAACUACCGACCUCUACUCGGAGAUCGCCUCCAUCACUCGUUCUGCCAAGGUUGACUUUGAUGAGCUGGCCAACAGCCUGGUGCAGCUGGAGCGAAGAUGCAGGGCCUCCUGGGACAACCUGAAGGUGAUCGCCAAGCACGAGACCAAGCCGGUGCUGAAGAGCAAGCUGACAGACUUCCUCAAGGACAGCACCCAGCGCAUUGUUGUCUUGAAGGUGGUACACAGGCGCAUCCUCAACAGGUUUCACUCCUUCCUGCUGUACCUGGGGUACCCAGUGAGCAUGGCACGGGACGUGAAGGUGACGCCCAUCUGCAAGUUGCUGCGGGAGUUCGCCCUGGAGUACCGCACCUGCCGGGAGCGCGUCCUGCAGCAGCAGAAGAAACGGGCUGCCCACCGCGAGCGCAACAAGACACGGGGAAGGCUCAUCACCGAGACUGAGAAGUUCUCCAGCAUCAGUGAGGCCGCUUCGCCACCUGCCGUAGUGUCUACCGGCCCUGAGGAGCAGAUGGAAGCUGGUCAUGAAAGCAUGAAGAGCUUGCUGACCUCCCCCACGGAUGCCCCUGCCCGCCGCAGCCGGGCCAGCCGGGGGACAGGGCAUGUCACCCCGGCCCAGGGCUCUCCAGCCCAGGAGGACAUUCCCAGCUCCCCAGACGAUGCUUCGGAUGAAAUCAUGGACCGGCUGGUGAAAUCGGUGACACACAAUGCCAACCCCCGGCCCUGUGCCAACAAGGAGCGCAGGAGGUCCCGUGGCAAUAGAAAGUCCUGUAAGUCCCAUCCCUGUCCUCAUGCCCUGCUCAGCCUCUUCCCAUGCUCUGCCCCUGUCCCUGUACACUACCUCACCUGUAUCCUGUCACACCUCUGUGGCUCUGACCUUGUACUGUCCCAUCGCCAGGUUCCUGUCCCCAUGCCCAGUCCCAUCUCUGUGUCUCUCUUCCCAGUCCCAGUACUCUGUCCUCUCUCAGUGUCACUGUCCCCAUACCCUGUCCCACCUCUGUGACCCUGUCCCUGCUCUCUGUCCUGCCGGAUGCUCUUUCCCAUCUCUGUAUCCCUAUCCCAUCUGUCUCUGUCCCCCAUGUCCCGUUCCAGCUCUGUGUCUCUGUGCCCGUGCUCUGUCCCUAUACCUUGUGCCGUCUCUGCGUCCUUGUCCCCAUGCCCUGCCGGGCUCCUUCCCCGCUGGCCACCUCUGAUCUCCUACGCUGAGCCCACACCAGGCCACGGCAGGAGGUGCCCUGAGACCGGACCGUGCCACUGCACUUCCAUUGCCACCCCUCCGUCCCCGGCACACCAGGGCAGGUACCCGGUGCGUGGGGACCCCAGCAGCCAUCGCCACUCGUGCUGCCAGUGCCAUGCUCUCCUCUUCCCGCAGUGAGACGGACGCUGAAGAGCGGGCUCAGCGAUGACCUGGUGCAGGCGCUGGGCCUGGGGCGGGCGCCCGGCAUGGAGGUUUGAAGGGGCUGAGGGGGCUUGUGCUGCUCCCCACCAGUGGCAGCCGCGAGGACAGGACGUGGAGGCAACCCUUGCUGCUCCAGGACUGGCAUGCUCUGCACCCAUGGACUCACCUCGCUUUUCCCUGCUUGCCUCCAGCUCCCAGGGGUGCAUGCAGCAGGGUGGGAGCGAUGCCUGGGAGCUGCUCGGUGGUGGCCGGGAUGGAGGAUACUCACCACUCGUGCGCCGGUGCGGAGACUUGGGGUUCAUCAUCUUAACAGUAUUAGAGGGGUUGAGGGGCUGGACCCAACCCCUCUCUGGGAACUGGGUCUGGCCCAUGGCAGCUGUGGCAAUAAAGUGAUCUGACGUGCUGCUGGCAUCCCUUGUCCCUGCGCCCGGGUUUUCCCACUGCUGGGCUGGGCUGGUGGAGGCUCUCAAUGCAACAGGCUGGAGCAGGCAGUGCCAAGGUUGGUGGCAGUGCCAAGGGUGGUGGCAGGAAGGAAGGGGCGAUGCUCCCUCCAGCCAUUGCCGUGGUCCUGAGCAGCACCUUGAUGCUGCCAGAGAUGCCCCAGUGUCCCCAUCCCCCUGCGGAGCCCUGAGAGACUGAGGCCACGUGCUUCACCUCCCUGGGCUGAGACAGCAUCGGUCCUGCUGCAUCCCCAGCCCUGCUGCCCAGGGCAGACACUUGGCCUGCAGGAGCCAGCCCUGGGGCUUGCAGGAAUGACCAUCCCUCCUGGGGACAGCCCAGUCCCCUCUGUACUGGGACACCCUGCCAGAAGGAGCGAGGACCGCUGCCAGGCUCAAGGCUGCACACUCAAGGCGAGGAGCGGCAGCUCGAGCACAAGGCCAUGGUGCAGUAAAAUCAAAGAGUGUACAUCCUGUCUCAAACCUCACAUCUCUGUUGCAGACCUCUCCUGAGGAAUUUUAGCCAGACCAGGACCUGGCUCUGAGGCAGGGUUGUUCCCCUUCCCAGAGUGGGCCCGGAGCACGGCAGCCACGUUGCCCCUUGCAAACCUGGUCAUGGCCGAGCUGCAAGCCUAGGAAACAUCGCCCUGUGCUUGGCAGAAAUGGGCUGUCCCAUGACACGAACACAGCCAGGGCACCGUCUGCCUGUCCCUGUGCGGACAGAGAGAUGUCCAGGCAGGAAUGUGCCACCUCCUGGUCCAGCGUGGCUCGUGCCAUCCCAGGCACAGAUUAAAACCCUUGCUGGGUGCUGGCUGUGAUGCUUCCCACAAGUGCAAGAGCUUUGCGACAGGGAGGUACCGUUUCUGAGCAUCCCCCUCAGCCAGCCACAGUGCUCUGGGCACCAUCACCUGUGGCAUUUGGGAACAAUGUCACAUCAUCCAUCACAGCUGCUUGACCUCAGCACUGCCCCAGAGCUGCCUCCAGCCCUGAAUACCACACAGCCGGUCUCUGCAGCUUUCAAGGAAUGAAGAAAAACUCCACUGGGCUUGGCAGCUUCUUCCUCCUGGCUGACCUCUGCCUAGGGUUGUCUGUCUCCCGUGAGGGUGGACACAUCAGUAGCCCCAGAGGAGCCAGGCAGCACCAGCCUGCCCCAGUUUGUGAGGUGUCUGUGAUGGUUCUGCUUGGGUUUGGGGUCAGUGCAGCCAUGCCAACAGCUGCAGGUGUCCCAGAGGUGCCCUAAGAUGUGGUCUUGCUCCCUUACCCUCUGGGUGCUUGACUUGGGCCUGCAAAGAGAGGAUGAAGAGGUCACAACAGAUGACAUUGAGCCACUCAGAUGCACAGCAGAAAGGAGAAAGGGAUCAGAAAGCAUCUUCCUGAUCCACUGUACCUGCCCCAGGUACCCAAAGUGACAUUAUGCAUGUGACUGUUGCUCCUGAAGGGCUUGCCGGGGGAAACUGAGGCAGGGUGCUGGGGAAUGUUGCCCCUCUUGAGGGGUUUGGCGCCACUUGGGGUGGCCGUGUCCUCAACGAAGGCCUCCACCAACCCCUGUUUAUUUUUUUUUCAGCUGGGUUUUUCUUUUGCAGCCUUGGCGCUAUUUGCAGGAUGCCUGGCCCUGGGCACGCGCUGCCCUUGAGUGGUGCCUGAAGUGCUUGGCUUGGCCACCGCCCAAGCGGCUCAUGCCAAAAAACAGGCAGACAUGGCCCCCCCGGGAAGGAGAGGGGGUGGCGGGAUGCCAGCGACUCCUUUGUGAGCAGAGGCAGGUUCAUGGGCUUGGUGGGACCUGGGACACGUGUGGCCUCGGGCAGCAUCAGCAGAGCUGGGGUUGGGGUGCUGCAUCCUAAGAAGACACUCUGUGUGGGAUGAGGUGACCCUGCCGGGACAUCUCACAGCAUGGAGCACCUCCAAUCCGUGCCUCCAUCCCUGCCCACGCAGCCCAGGGCCACCAGCUGGGACCGGCUGCCACGAGGGGGCACGGCAGCCACGCGCAGGAUGAGGCCACCCAAAACAACACCUCGUGUCCCACUGCCCUGUGGGUGCUGCCACUGACAUCCGCUGUGCCGCUCACCAUCCCCAGCACCCAAGGGGCUGCACCCUGCUCCCUUGCCAUCCCCCAUGGUGAGAUGUCCUGCUGCUUCUGUGUCCCCAGAGGGAUGACAGCCACGUCCUUGGUCCCGGCCAUUCAUCUGGCUGGUGGGGACAGGCUCUCAUCCCCUGCACACGGCCGUCUCGACGGUGCUCAUCCUUGGCCCCCAUCCAGGCAAGGAGGGAGUGGAGGACAGCAGAGACAAGCCUUGCUCCACUUGCUGUCACCUGUACCCAUUUCUGUAGCUGUUUUGCAGUGGAGACACGCUCCCACCCCUUACGGAGCCUGUGCUGGAAGAUGUCCCCUGCCUCCAUCCCAUCCUGCCAGCCCUUUCCAUGGGACUGUCCCAGUGCAGGGUCCUCUUGGCUGCCAUGCUCUGAAGCUGGCUCCAUGCUCAUGCCAUGUGGGCAUGUCCUCACAGCUGUCCCUGAGCUCAGGGGGGGACCCGCAGUCCUGGGCUUGUGGUUGCCAUGAAGCCCCAUCACCUUCCAUGAGAAGCAUAAUUCCCAUGAGGGACAGCACAGCCUCAUUUGCUCACAGGUUAGAGCCAUCCUGAGCACUUCUUGUAAGCGUUGGUGUGCCCUGGCCAUCUUCCAGGUACAUCAUGACCACCUGCCCCCCACCAAACUCCUCCUGCUCUCUCAGCUAGAGGUGUCCUCCUUGUCUCUUCCAGCCUCAACCCUCUUGAGAAACCCCAGGCUGGUGACAUGCUCUGCUCUGCAACCGCCUUUACAGCAGGACAGAGGCGUGGGACAGGAACCAGGUCACAGCUGCUGUGACCUGCUACCUUCUCCCCUGGGAGCAAAGGCAGCAGGACAUCACCUGGAGCGUGGCCCAGCCAGCUUUCCCUGAGAUCUGUCUUGUAUCCAAGGGGAAAGCCACAUUUCCCCGGUCCCCAUCACCCUAAUAUCAAGGUAGAGGCCCUCUGAUGAGCACGGAAGAGAUAGCAAGUGAUGCUGGGCCAGCAAAGCAAGUCUAGACUGGGUACCACACACGCCCCAGGAGAUGGGGGAUGUACCAGCCAUCAUCGGAGCUGGGAGCACUUUAAAGUGUCACCAGUGCUUCCCAGCCCCACUGAAGGAACGAAGUCCCUGCAGCCCAAAAGCAACUCCUGUUCAGAGAACUGCGCCCCAGAUUGCCCAGUCAACAAAGCGGCUGCCAGAGCUGCGUGGGUGAGUGGGCACGGCGACACGGGGUUCUCACCAAGGCGGAAAAGCUCGAGGUCAGGCUGACAAGUAGCUUCCCAGAAGGUGAAACCUCUCCUGAAGCCAUGAACAUGGUUGGAAGCGGAGAUGUGUUUUGUAAAUACCUGGAGAUCCUGUGCAACCUGAAAAAAACAAGUCAGAAGCAGGAAUUUUCCAGAGAUGAGGGUAUUUGCAGAGAGCCAGAUCCAGGGGCAGUGCUCACCUGGAUGCUCCGCUGCGGCCAGAGAUCCUUUCCUGGAGAGCAGGCCUGGUAGUCCCCAAAAGAGAUGUUUCAGUGACAGAAUGCCAGGAGCUGGGGCUGCGCCCACCAUCCAGCCCAGGGGCAUGGGAACCCCUGCACAGGAGGAGGAUCAGGCCCUGGGACUCAGGCCGAUGCGACCAAUGCAGAGUCAGAGCUGGGAUGCACAGGAUGGUGGGCACAUGGGAUAAUGCGUGAAAAUGGUCAUGUGCAUUUUAUGGCAUAAAAAACAUAAAGGAAGCCCCCCAAAAAGCCUGUGGUCAUGGCCUGAAGUAAGUUGGAAACAAGGCAUGGGAAGUCCUGUGGGGGAGAAAGGAGAGAAGAUCCUAGGACAAAGGGUCAAGGUGGCUCCUUGGGCAGUUGUGGCUAAUGUUGGCCAUGAAGUGGGCAGUGGCUCCAGUGUUGGGCUUUAGUGCUUGGUUUCCAUGUCUUGGGCUCAGGGAAGAAUCACAGGGAUAUUAAAGCACUGGGUGCAGGACACAUCUCCUGGAGCUGAGCCUGGUUCAGCCGAAUCACAGCCACCCGAGGAUCUGCCCUCCCUGGAGAGGAAAGCCGCAGUAACAGGGAGUUUCUGCUCCAGCAGCACAGUCCAACCAGAAAACUGGUACAAGUUCAGUGGUAGGACACAAAUAUUUUAUGCUGAGAGUAAUUAAUCACUGUCCUUUGCAAGACACUUUGGUUCAAAAUGAAAGUUAAUUCCAGGCAGUGCAAUGGCCUUUGUCACCCCUGAACUGUCUCCAACCCCAAACGCUGAUGAGCUCCAUGGCCCCACAUCUUCUCCACAAAGAGGGAUAGACCCACAGCCAUCCCAGGGGUUCUUUGAGGGCAUGGUAUGUGAAGGGAGCUUUAGUUGGUGAGGGACACCUCCAGCAUCCCCUUUCCCAUGUGCUUAGACCCAUAGAAUCCCUAGGCUGGAAAAGACCUCUGAGAUCAUCGAGCCUAAGUGUACCUGUCCUCUACUAAAUCAUAUCCCUGAGCACUUCAUCUACCCAACUUUUAAACACCUCCAGUGAUGCGGAUGGUUGUCCAUGGUAGGUCCUCAACCUACAAGUGACAGCCAAGGGGAUCCUAGCCCCACGGUUCCCUUUCCCAGGACAGCUGCUCAUGAGAGGACUAUACCCCAUGACCUAUGCAAGGAAACGAGUGCUGGCACAAAUCUCCAUCAGCACUGAACAGACAAAAGUGCCCUGUUAGGUGUUCGUCUGGGUGGUGUUUCCUAAGGAGAUAAUAGCCGUGGAGGAAGGACUUGAUGUUUUGGAGAAGAUUAAGUACCUGUGGGAACAGUGUGGAUGAAUCACAUCCCUCAUGGGCUUAGUGCCCCUGGAAAUGGCUCAUGGCACAUUGAAAACAAUGUCAUGAGUCUUCUCCAGAUGAGAUUAGGGAGUGGAACAAUUAUCUCAAAACCUGUUAGUCAUGGGAGGCUCCACCGAGCUGGAGGAACAGCCUAGGGCAAGGGGAGCACUAGGAAGAUGUGGGGGUGUGUGUCUAUGUGUCCCCGGGGACCUUCACGAGCAGCCCCAGGAAGGGUGUGGGAGGCGACUGUGGUCAAACCAGCCCCGCUUCACUUGAAGAAGGUGAGCUGUAAUUAGCAGAAUAGGUGCGGAAGAGCUUGAGCAGGUCAAAAGGUAAUGGAGCUGUCACCAGCGUUUUCCUAAGAGCACAGCACGGCUGGGAGGCACUCUCUGGUGUUGAGCAAUGGGAAGAUGAGCAAGGCCAGGCACUGUCUGCAAGGGAAUAGCCACCAAGGUCACCCUAACCACAUGUCGGCGUGUUUGGGGAGAGCUGGGAAGCAGCCAAGGCUGGGAAAGGGUGCUGGUGGACCAGCUCCACCCCAGUAGACCUCUUGGUGAAAGCAUCCAUGGAAAGCCCUGACUGUGGCCAACAGACCACACAAUGGCUAUCUACAACCCAUCCUCUACAUCUUGAGGUGUCCCACAAGAAGGGCAUCCGAAGACCAUGCGUGAGGAGCUCUGGAAGGGAUGGAUAAACAGACACCCUACCCAGCUUUCAAGGAGAUGCGUGAAUUCAUGUUGCAAUUUGGGAAUGGCCACAUCCAGCCCUUGCUGAAACACCAUCACUGGCACAGACACUACCUUCUGGCUAAACCCCUGUUAAACCCCGUACCCCUCGCCCUGCUCUCUUCCACACCCUGGCAGCUCCGUCUCGCCUGGCGUGGUGAGGAAUGCUCUCUCUGGAGACCACAAGUUUGGAAAACAGCCUCUCCCUAAGGGGACUUUUCAAGCCCCAGUGAAGUGAUGGGAUGAGGAGGUUUAUCAGGGUUCUCUCCAGAGCCCGAGUCCCUCAAGGCUCUGCCUUGUGGCCACCUGCAUCAUUUUCGCCAGCUUCAGUGGUUCACCGGGCUUGGUGCUGCAAGUAAGCGGAUUCCUGAAGGAGAGCCUACAGCCAUCCCUCCUCCUUCUCCUCUACCUCACUGGCAUUCCCAACAUUCCCCUGCCUGGAAGAGCAGGGAUACAAAUCCAACAGAGUCCCACUACCACACCCCAGCAAAACCACUCCAGCCUGUUUGACGCUGGACUUCUGCAGAGUCGCCACCGUCACUGCCGUUGAAAUGUGUUUUUCCAUCAGUACCACAGGGCUUGUUCCAAGAAGGUUGGCACAGGCACCUGCUGCCAUUGCCACCACCAUGCCAGGGCUUGCAAGGUGUGCCAGGAGCAGCUGACACCGACAGCAGCCCGGCUGGCAGAGCCCGGCUCCUCCAGGAUCGGAGACCAGUGUUGACCCUGGCACGCAAAAGCAUCUCACCUCCGUGCAGAGGGCACCGAGGGUCAGGCCCACAGCAACAGCCGGUGGCACUACACGGCAGGGACGCACGAAGGAUCACCAAGUAUGGAGACUUGGUGAAAUAUUAAAGCAGGCGCUUAAUAAAGUAAGCCCAGCAGAAGCGAUUGCCCUGUGUAAUAAACCUAGAAAGGAGAGGACUUUGUCCCCCUGGCCGGGGCGGUGCAGGGAGCUCCUGCCAGCACCCAUUGGAGAUGGCACAGACUUGGCGUGCGGCACUGCACGGCAGAGCUUCCCUCGAGCCAUGCAGCAGCCAGAAGCUGAGCUUCCAGCACGGUUCACAGUGCCGCAGCCCCAGAAUAACAGUUGGCAGCCGGGUGGCGGAGUGCUGCCUCCUCUGGGUGGCAAACCAACACCGAGCGCUGAGAAAUGGUUUGGGAUCACCCAGGGUUACUGCACCUAUGUCACAAGGCUCCUAGAGAGGAGCUGGGAAUUCAUUCAUAUCUUGUCUGCCUGGUCCAGGCACCAAGAGAAACCCCAGGGCACCUGGCGCAGGUGCUGAGACCCAGGUGGCACACGGCGCAGUGCCCGUGUGGUGCUGCCCUGGCAGACAAGGAGGUCCUCGGGGCACAAUCCUGUGAGGGGAGAUGCUGAUGGAGGGGUGGUCCUCAGGGAAGGCCGUGUCCUGGGCUCCACCUGUCCCAGCAGCAGGUGUGCACUAGUGCGACUGGUUCCGGCUCCAGCAGUGGGUAAGGAACCCGCCCUCCUGUUGAGCGGGGUGAAUGAACCCACCUGGGAGCAUUGCCCAGCAUGGGCACCAAGCCCAGCCGUGCCAGGCUGAACCAAGCUAAGGUGAGCUGUGCUGAGUCAUGCUGUGUCAAGCUGUGCUGGGCAGAGUUGAACCAAGCUGAGCCGAGUCGUGCCUACCUAAGCGGCAUGAUGUCCUGAGCCAUGCUGAACUGAGCUGAGCCAAGCUGAGCUGUGCCUAAUUAAGUGGCACCAUGUCCCAAGCUGGGCUGAACCAAGCCAAGCUGAGCUGUGCUAUAGGUGCCAUGACAUCUCAAGCCACGCUAAAGCAAAUCAAGCCAUGCAGAACUGAGCUGAAUUGAACUGAGCUGUGCCUACCUAGGUGGCAUGAUAUCCUAAGCUGUCCUGAACAGAGCUGAGCUGAGCUGAGCCAUGCUUACCUAGGUG